CACGCUAAAGAGUGCCAUUCACAUUAAUAGAAAUAAAAAUUCAUACCAGUCGGUUUAUAUUGGGUAGAUGGGUCAAUAAGUUAGAUUCUUGGUUCAGCCGUGGUUUUUUAUUACCGAAGAAAUAUCGCAGGUCGCUUUCCGAAUCGCGUUUUGGACAUUUCUACCGACGUUAGUGCUCGCUGCUUUGGUUGGUGGUUACGGACCAUCAUUGCGUCGGUAACUCUGAUAUUCAAUGAAGACUUUUCCGUAUGUAAACUAAACUGAAAACUUCAAUUUUGGGUUUGAUUUUGAUUUUAGAUUUCCGGUUUGGUUUCAGUUUUCAGUUUUCAGCUUCAAGGAUUAAACAAAGAAAGACUGAAGUAUUAAUCGAUUCAUUUGCAGUUCGAUUCAAUUCUGGUUGUUCUUCGUUUAUUUUACAAGUUUUUUUUCUUUUUCUUUUUUCUUAUAAGUCUGUUUCGGUUCAAUAUAUAUUGAUUUGACCGGGUUAGAGACCAAGUGGGUAGUGAAGUGUGUCUUCAUAUUUGAUGUUUCAUAUCAUUUUGUGGAUAUAAAAACAUCUUCACCAGUUUCUCCAUUAUUGGUGUAGAAUGCAGCAUCCUUGAAUUGCAGUCUUGUUAGGUAGGGAUUGUAUUUUUGAAAGUUUGCGAAAGAUGGGAAACUGUGUAUCACUAGACGUAUCUUGUGAUCAAACGUUGCAUCACGCUUGUGGCUGCUUAUUUGGUGAUGGGAAUUACAUUCACAUGAUGGAGGCAAAUCUUGAGGCUCUGGAGAAAACUAUGCAAGAACUUGAAGAGAGACGAGAUGAUCUUUUAAGAAGAGUUGUCAUUGACGAAGAUAAAGGUUUGCAACGGCUUGCUCAAGUCCAAGGAUGGUUUUCAAGGGUACAAAGUGUUGAGUCUCAAGUCAAAGAUUUGCUCGAGGCUAGAUCAACUCAAACUAAAAGAUUGUGUCUGCUUGGAUAUUGCUCUAAGAAGUGCAUAACAAGCUGCGAUUAUGGUAAAAAGUUGAAAAAGUUGAAAGAAGUUGAAGGGCUUCUAGCUAAAGGAGUUUUCCAAGUGGUGGCUGAGAAAAUCCCUGUACCAAAGGUGGACAAGAAGCAUUUUCAAACCACAGUUGGUUUGGAUUCAAUGGUUGAGAAGGCAUGGAACAGCCUCAUGAUCGGUGAACGAAGAACACUGGGUCUUUAUGGUAUGGGGGGAGUCGGAAAAACUACCCUCUUAGCUUGUAUCAACAACAGAUUCCUCGAAGUGGUGAAUGAAUUUGAUGUUGUGAUCUGGGUUGUGGUCUCUAAAGAUUUGCAAAUUGAGAGCAUCCAGAAUCAGAUUUUAGGAAGACUAAGUCUUGACAAGGAAUGGAAACAAGAAACGGAAAUUGAGAGAGCCUCUCGCAAGAAUAUCCUAAACAGAAAGAAAUUUGUAAUUUUAUUGGAUGAUUUGUGGAGCGAAGUAGAUUUGAACAAGAUAGGAGUUCCACCUCCAACCCAAGAAAAUGGAUCCAAAUUAGUUUUUACGACUCGUUCUAAGGAAGUUUGCAAAGACAUAGAGGUUGAUGAUAUAAUGGAAGUUGCUUGUUUGUCACCGGAUGAAGCCUGGGAGUUAUUUCAGCAAAAAGUUGGAGAAAACCCUAUAAAGAGCCAUCAUGAUUUUCUCCCAGUUGCAAGAAAAAUUGCUGCAAAAUGUUGUGGCUUGCCACUUGCGCUAUGUGUCAUUGGAAAAGCCAUGGCAUGUAAAGAGACUGUACAAGAAUGGCGUCAUGCGAUUCAUGUUCUCAACUCGUCUAGCCAUGAGUUUCCAGGUAUGGAAGAAAAGAUUCUUUCCAUUUUGAAGUUCAGUUAUGAUAGCUUAAAAGACGAAAAAGUCAAAUUAUGCUUCCUAUAUUGUUCUUUGUUUCCGGAAGAUUAUGAAAUAGGGAAGGAGAAAUUGAUAAAAUAUUGGAUAUGCGAAGGAUUUAUCGAUGGAAGCAGAAAUGACGAUGGAGCUGACAACCAAGGUCAUGAUAUAAUCGGUUUACUAGUUCAUGCCCAUCUAUUGGUGGAUGGUGUACUCACAUUCACCGUGAAAAUGCAUGAUGUUAUACGCGAGAUGGCUCUUUGGAUAGCAUCUAAUUUUGGGAAACAGAGAGAAACAUUUUGUGUUAGAUCUGGUGCGCAGUUACGUGAAAUACCAAAAGACAUCAAUUGGGAACUUGUGAGAAGGAUAUCACUAAUGAGCAAUCAGAUUUCGGAGAUAUCUUGCAGUUGCAACUGCUCCAACCUUUCGACCCUAUUAUUCCAGAAUAAUAAGUUGGUGGAUAUUUCAUGUGAAUUCUUUCGGUUUAUGCCAGCACUUGUGGUCUUGGAUCUAUCGAGGAACUCAAUUCUUUCUAGGUUGCCGGAAGAAAUUUCUAACUUGGGUUCCUUGCAAUAUCUCAACUUAUCAUACACAGGAAUGAAAUCGUUACCAGAUGGUUUGAAGGAGAUGAAACGACUAAUCGACUUGAAUUUGGAGUUUACUCGUGAGCUUGAAAGUAUUGUUGGGAUAGCAACAAGUCUACCAAAUCUUCAAGUGUUGAGAUUAUAUUGUUCCAGAGUUUGUGUUGAUGACAUAUUAAUGAAAGAGCUACAACUCUUGGAGCACGUGGAGAUUGUGACAGCAACCAUAGAGGAUGCCGUGAUUUUGAAAAAUAUACAAGGAGUGGACCGAUUAGCAAGCAGUAUUCGAGGUUUAUGUCUCAGCAAUAUGUCAGCACCGGUGGUAAUAUUAAACACGGUAGUUGUGGGAGGUCUUCAACGCCUUACUAUUUGGAACUCCAAAAUCUCUGAGAUAAAGAUAGAUUGGGAAAGCAAAGAAAGAGGGGAUCUAAUAUGUACAGGUUCUCCAGGCUUCAAGCAACUCUCCGCUGUACAUAUAGUCCGUUUGGAAGGUCCAACCGAUUUGACAUGGCUAUUGUAUGCUCAAAGUCUCAGGAUUCUAUCUGUGUCGGGUCCAUCAAGUAUAGAAGAAAUAAUAAAUAGAGAGAAAGAAAUGAGUAUUAGGACGUUGCAUCCAGAUAUUGUUGUGCCUUUCGAAGAGCUGGAGAGCAUUAAUUUGGAUGAACUGAAAUCAAUCUGCUGGGAUCCUCCAGCUCUUCCAAACCUGAGACAGUUUUAUUUCGAAGGCUGUCCAAAGCUGCCACUAAUAAGUAUUUGAGACAUGCGUGGAAUGGGGUUUAGAAGGAGGCUCCUAAAACAGCGGAUGGUCUCUCCAAGCAUCAAGCACUUAUCCGGCAUUUUGAUAAGAGUGAUUUGGAAGGUCCAAAAUCUCGGCUUUGCUCUAAUAUAUUUUUUAAUUCCUUUGUU